AUGGGUAAGAGGAAGUCAAGGGCAAAGCCGCCCCCAAAGAAGCGGAUGGACAAACUGGAUACUGUCUUCAGUUGUCCUUUCUGUAACCAUGGAUCUAGUGUCGAAUGCCGUAUUGACAUGAAGAACUUGAUUGGUGAGGCCUCAUGCUUGAUUUGCCAAGAAAGCUUUAGCACCAACGUGACAGCUUUGACUGAGCCAAUAGACAUAUAUAGUGAAUGGAUUGACGAAUGUGAACGAGUCAAUAACCAGGAAGAUGACGACUCUUAG